AUGGCUAUGCAGAAGCAUGCGACAGUGCUCAUUGCUGGAGGCAGCGUCGCAGGCCUCGCCCUUGCAAAUAUGCUCGAACAAACCGGCAUUGAUUACCUGGUACUGGAAAAAUAUUCGAGAAUUGCCCCAGAUCUAGGCGCCAGCAUCGGCAUAUUUCCAAAUGGUUGUCGGAUACUGGACCAACUGGGCUGCUAUGAAGCUUUGAUAGAUCUAGUUGCAGGGAAAGGAUGCUUCAACAUUCUUGCUACGAAGAAUUCGCAGGGAGAAACGAUAGCGGAUAUCCCAGAUGCUGCUGUGCAUCUAAGAAAGCGCACCGGAUAUGAGCCGUUCUUCGUCGAUCGACAGAUGCUGAUUCAGGCUCUUUACGACAACCUCAAAGACAAAACCAAGAUUCACACCUCGAAAGGAGUCGCCAAAGUUGACCAACAAGAUUCAGACGGUGUGCACGUCACAACCUUGGAUAGAGAUAAAUACUCAGGAGAUAUACUCGUUGGUGCUGAUGGGAUCCACAGCACCGUAAGGCGAGAAAUGUGGAGGAUAGCCGAUCAAGAGCAGCCAGAUCAUUUCAAUCAGCAGGAGCGCAACGAAGUGAAAACGGAGUACUGCUGCAUUUUCGGAAUAUCUAGGCCAACAGACAAUUUCCCCGACUUUGCCUCGCAUACUAUACAGGGCCAAGAUCACUCGUACCUUCUUGGUAGUGGCCCAGGUCGUCGCAUUUACUGGUUCCUGUUUAAAAAAUUGGAGAAGAUAUCUAAGGGGCUUUACGAUAAGAUUCCGCGGUACACUGAGGCUGAGAGAGACGCUCUUGCGGCGGAACACGCUAAUGAUCGGUUGUCGCACUGUCUUUCCUUCGGCGACUUGUACAAUUCACGCACGUCGGCUACACUUCAGGCAUUACCGGAGGUGGUGUUUUCCAAAUGGCACUACGGGCGUAUCAUUACUAUUGGAGACGCAGCGCACAAGUUCAACCCCAUCGGUGGCCAGGGCGGAAACAGUGCCAUAGAAGACGCAGCAGUCCUCGUAAACAAGCUCUACGCAGCAGUCAAUCUCAACGGAGAACAGAAAAUACUCAGACCGACCGCAAAUAUAAUUGAAACAAUUUUCAAAGACAUGCAAAACCAAAGACACGGGCGGGCCUCUUCUCUGAUGGAUACAUCGCACAACUUGCAAAGCAUCCAAGCCAUGGACAGUUUCGUAUCCAAGAUCAUCGCGAAAUACAUCAUGCCAAGGUCUGAACCAAUCAUGGUUAUCAACAUGCUUUGCGAAGGGUCAAUACCAGCAGCGAGACUGGACAUGAUUGAUCUUCCAGCAAGACAACACAUAGAGCCAUUUUUCGACGAACUUCCUGCACGACCUCUGGAUAACAAGAUUGCAAAAGCAGCACCGUAUGCAGCGUGUGGAGUCUUUGCCAUCCUGGCUUAUGUUGCAAAGGUUUUCAUGAAGCUACCAGACUCUGAUUUGCCCACGACGUUUCUCGGGGAGAUGCCGAAAACACAAUAUACAGGGAUUCCAGGAUUUGAUGCCAUUCUCACGAUGAUUGUUCUCUCAUUUUCAGAUUCUGUCGGUUGGAUAGAUCCUGGUCACACGCUCCAGUUUUUGUAUCUACUUUCCUUUGUCACUCCUUUACUUUUAAUCUGGUAUAUCGAAGGAUAUCGGGCCGGUUCUCGAGGAUCGCUCAUCUCCUGGCCCACAUUCUUCGGACUCGCCAUGCACAUUGGAGGCAUUGGAGUCGUCGCGCCUCUCUACUUCCUCUUCGCCGUCUGGGCCAUGAGCGGCUCGGAGUACAGGACCUGCGUGGGGCGCCAUAUCCCCGAAUCCAUCGCCAAAGCCAUUUUCCCAGCAACUUACCUUGGCUACGUCACUCCUACUCUUUUCAUGUUCUUCCCUCUUUUCAUGAAAUCGUAUCUCCAGGAGUUAAUUGCUCUGUGGCCAUUCGUAGAGAUACUUGUUGGAGUCCUCGUCAUCCUUUUGUCCAAGGCUGCUUCUCAGACGGCACAAAAGCCCUCAAGCUCCUCUUCCGCCUCUACCUACGAGGAAUAUUCAUUCCGCUACGCACUUCAUCUCCUUAAAGCCUACAAAAGAACUUUCCUAUUCUCAAUUGCUUACCACAUCCUCUCCUUGUCCUUCCUUUUCCUUUCAACAAACCCCUCCCUUUCCUUCGCACGUUUAUUCUUCCCAACGAUCAACUUACCCGAGCAGUCUCCCUCUUCCAACGAAGCGCAAAUGUUCACUUUUUUAAAGUACGACUUCUUCUUCGCUGCUAUUGCAACCAUUCUUUACGGCCUUUAUAGUGUCUUCGAUCUCCGUGUUAAGGGGCAGGUGAACUCUCAAGAUGCAGUUCGCGCAGGAUUUGUGUUCCUUGGAUCGACGUUUCUAAUUGGGCCUGGUGCAGCUUUUGUAGGGCUGUGGUGGUGGAGGGAGGCUAGGGGGUUGAAGAGUCUGAGAGGUUAG